UGCUGCAUAGUGCAUACUCCAUUUAUUUACACAAACACUACCAGUUUUAGGGUUUGGAAUUUUCGCAUCUCCAUCGAUGGCAGAAGUGAUGGACACGCCGGUCGAUGCAGUGGAACGUCGUAGUAGCCGAGAGCGCAAAGAUGAAGACGGAGAAGGCAAUGACGACGGCGAAGACAAUAACAAGUCCGCCGGAAUCGAGAACCCAGAUGCUGCUUCUUCUCCACCACCGCCACUGCCUCCUUCACGCCGCAAUGACCGUGAUUCCAGAGAGAGAAGAAACGAUGAAAGGGAUCGGGACACUGACCGUCCACCUAAUCGUCGUUCCGAUUACUAUGAACACCGUAAUCGCUCUCCUCCUGGGCCACCUCCCAGGGAUUAUAAGCGUCGUGCUGCUAGCCCUAACUCUCCUCCGCCUCCCUAUCGGGACCGACGUGGUGGCGGUCACUCCCCUCCACCCCGGAGGUCACCUCCAUUUCCUCCUUUUAAGCGGUCUCGUAGGGAUGACGGUGGUUACGAUGGUCGCCGUGGAAGUCCUCGCGGAGGUUUCGGACCUGGCGAUAGAAGGUUUGGGUAUGAGUAUCCUGGUGGCUAUGAGCGUGAUAUGGGCGGCAGGCCAGGCUAUCCUGAUGAUAGGCCCCGUGGUAGGUAUGGUGGGCGCUCAUCUGGUGGGUACCAAGGUGGUCCAUCUGAUUGGGAUUCGGCUCGUGGGGGUUACAAUGAUCAUGGCAAUACACAUAGAGAAGGAUUGAUGUCUUAUAAGCAGUUUAUUCAGGAGCUUGAAGAUGAUGUUCUGCCAUCAGAAGCUGAACGCAGGUAUCAAGAAUACAAAUCAGAAUAUAUAUCAACUCAGAAACAGGCUUAUUUUGAUGCUCAUAAAGGCGAAGAUUGGUUGAAAGACAAAUAUCACCCCACAAAUUUGCUUGCUGUUAUUGAAAGGAGAAAUGAAUCUGCUCGAAAGCUAGCCAAGGAAUUUAUACUCGACUUACAAAACGGCUCCUUGGAUUUAGGACCCGGUGUCACCGCUUCAUCUUCAAACAAAACUGGUCAAACAAGCAACCCCAAUUCCGAAGACGAACAAGAUCCGGGCGGCAAAAGAAAGCGGCAUGGGCGGAAAGAUUCCGACCCAUUCUCACCAAAAGCCCACCCAAUCAGCUCCGAGCCCAGAAGAAUUCAAGCCGAUGUUGAACAAGCCCUAGCCCUCGUGAAAAAACUCGAUUUGGAAAAAGGAAUCGAAGAUAACAUAUUAUCAAGAGGCGAUUCCGAUCGAUCACACAGAGAUAGAUCUCACGGCGGUGGUUCCGGUGGUCCGGUGGUGAUCGUACGUGGUGCAGCCGCCGUGAAAGGUCUUGAGGGUGUUGAGUUACUUGACACACUCAUUACUUAUCUUUGGCGGAUUCAUGGUUUGGAUUAUUAUGGUAUGACUGAGAAAAGUGAACCCAAGGGAUUCCGACAUGUUCGGCCGGAAUCGAAGAAUUCCGAUGCGAAAACGAACGGAAUGGAAUGGGAGAAGAAGCUGGAAACACGUUGGGGGGAGAGAUUGAAGGGUCAGGAUCCGUUGGAGGUGAUGACUGCAAAGGAAAAGCUUGAUGCUGUUGCAGCUGAGUCGUUGGAUCCGUAUGUGAGAAAAAUUAGGGAUGAAAAAUACGGGUGGAAAUACGGGUGUGGGGCUAAGGGUUGCACGAAGCUGUUUCAUGCUGCUGAGUUUGUUCAUAAACAUUUGAAGCUGAAGCAUCCGGAACUUGUGAUGGAAGUGACUGCUAAAGUUCGUGAAGAUAUAUAUUUCCAGAAUUAUAUGAAUGAUGAAGAUGCACCUGGUGGGAUACCUAUUAUGCAGCCUUCUCAACCGAAGGAUAGGCCACAGAGGCGUAGGCCGGGAAUGGAAAAUCGACUGAAAGACGACCGACGGAGAGACAAUGAUGGCAGAAAUAAUGGUGGUGGCGGUGAAAGAUUUGAUAGGGGGGAGAAUCCAGAGUCAAUGGACUUUCAGGCCAACAAUGAUGGUGGUGAUGAUGACCAGAUGUUUGAUUCUUAUGGUGGACAAGGCCUUCAUGCACCAUUCCCUUCCGACAUUCCUCCACCUCCUGUAUUGAUGCCUGUACCUGGUGCUGGUCCUUUGGGUCCGUUUGUCCCUGCUCCUCCUGAAGUUGCAAUGCGGAUGCUGCGGGACCAAGGCGGCCCUUCCCCCUUUGAAGGCGGCGGCGGCGGUGGCGGUAGAAACGGGCGGAGUGGGCCCCAGAUGAGCGGUCCAGCCCCUAUAAUUGCUUUGCCUCCAUCUUUCAGACAAGAUCCUCGUCGUUUACGAAGCUACCAAGACCUUGAUGCGCCAGAAGAUGAGGUGACAGUGAUAGACUACAGGAGUCUCUAGACCAAAAAGCAAAGCAGCAGAUAGUUUGAGUUUCUUAAGAUAUGAUGGAUGACAAAUGAAUUAAUGCCAUUUGGCAAAUCCAACGAUGAAGACACAAAGUUUGUAUUUUUCGUUUGUUGGUAAACAAAAAAAUUUGUAGUGGAUAUGUAAAAUUCGAUUUUGCCCCAAACACUUUCCGAGGGAAAAAGAAGAAGAUGUUUUUUUUUUUUGGGUUCAUUGGAUGGUUUAUUUUAGGG